AUGAUUACGGCGUUAACGAAUAUAACGAGCAUGAAGAAAAUUUUCAACAACCGCUGCAUGGAUAUGUAGACCCCCACGGAUCAACACACAUGACGAAUCAGACGAUUGCAUACGAAGCGACAGGUCCAUACCAGCAUCAAGAUCUACUAUCUCAGUUUUCACAGCAGCAAUUCCAGCAGUAUCCGUCUGAGCAGUAUGAAGAAUAUCAUUUCCAGUUUCAGCCCCAAUCUCAGUAUGGUAUGUACGUGUUUUCUAAGACAGUCACCGAGGAGAACUGACAGCCAGGCUACGACAUGCAAUACGCGACGCCGAUAUCUACAUCUGAUACAUCAUAUUCCGACCCGCCUGCGCCCGGUGCCUCGCCCGCCUGGACACAUUCGAGCUGGUCGAGUCGUUCCGAGACGACGCCUAUCCAUGUGCCUAUGCAAAUGCAACAGAUACAGAUGCAGUCUACUCAUAUGGCCAUGCACAUUCAGCACAUUCAACAAACAAUGCUGCAACAAACACUAGCCAACGACAGCUGGAAGGGCAAAGAAGCCCUCCUCGAGGCCCUACUCAACACAAUCGUCGACUGCGAUGACCGCUGGCUCGGGCUCGUGAUUGAGAUUGUGCGGACGAGUCCGUCACCCGAAGCUGCCAUGGCGGCUAUCCAAUCCAUACCACUUAGUAUGAACACUGAACAUACUGUCUGAAACAUUACUGUAUAACUACUGAAUACACUUUACUGUACUGACU